AUGGACGUGAGCCUUCCCUUGCCCUGGCGAUGUCUUCCCCACGUUGGGGCGGUUGGGGUCUGCCCAAGCCGUCCGCGCACCAGCCGUUGGGCAUACAGCGGGGACUGGCAGCGGCAGGCCACCACCGUGAGCGGCACAUUGGCGGCGCUGCUGCAGAGCCUGCGACGUGCCACGUUGGGCGAGCGGCAACGGCGGCUGCGCAGCGCCACCUUGGUGCAGCUGCGGAUCAUCUCCACCGGGCUGCGGCUGAGGAUGUCCGACUCCAGACCUGUCCUGGUGCAGAGAAUUGAGGAUGCCUUGGCAGAAGAUGAUCGGAGGGCACAGCAACCGCUGGGGCACGCGAUCCUCAACCGACCAUUUCCUGAGAAAAAGAGCCGGAAGUUCCAGAGGAUGAUCGCUGAGAGGCUCAAGGCUGUAGAGCUGAAAAGCUUUUGUCGUUUGCUGCGUCUCAGCACAGCCGGCCGGAAGGCGCACCUGGCGAGUGAGAUCACCAGCGAGUUGUUGGAGCGGCAUCAUCUUCCAGGUGGCCUUCCGACCAAUGAGGACGGUCAAGGUGCCACGUCAUCAGCGGAAGGUGUGGUGGAAGCCCGCCAAAGUACUGCGGAGAGCUUGGAGGAGGAUGUUUUCACUCAGAGCCGAACGGAGACUGCGGAGACUGCGGAGACUGCUACUGUUUUAAUACCAACAGUCUUGGCCAACGAUGAUGAGAGACGGUGCAUUCAAAAGGAAGAGAGAAGACUACAGCGCAGGCAACGACUAGCGCAAAUUCUUGCAGAGGAGCUUUCCUCAGUGGCAAAAGCCUGAAGCACUUGGAGUCUCAGUUUGCAUCAAAUUCAGGGGCAAGCCCCUGCAGAGAUUUGUGGUCGCACAUCUGCAUCAUGCAAUGGCGUUUUCAGCUGAAUCUCU